CUAAAAUCAUUCACUAAUACUAUGUGCUCUAUAUGGUAUCAGAGCUUGUCCUUUAAACCGAAUUUUUUUUCCUGUGGCCAUAUGCAUUUUCUAUCUCUUUAGUCGGCAAUGUCUUCCGGCAGUGAGUCCUCUAAUUAUGGCUCGUCAUCAGGUCUUGUUCGGAUGUCCGCCUCUAAACACUCCCUGAUCAGGCUUACCAAGACCAACUAUCUUGUUUGGCGCCGUCAAGUCCAAACUACUCUCAUUGGCCUGGAUCUUCUUGGUUAUGUCGAUGGCUCGGUUCCAAUGCCAUCACCCCUUCUUGACGCUGCUCACACGAAGCCCAACCCUGUGUAUACUCUUUGGUAUCGUCAGGAUGCGAUUCUUCUCCGUGCCAUUCUCGGUAGCUGCACGGAUCUCGUCCAGCCGUUGAUCUCUCUUGCUGCCAAUACAGCGGAUGCCUGGUCUCGCUUGGCCAAGAAUCUUGCUAAUAUGUCUCGUGAUAUCACAUCCAUUGCGGCCGAUCUUGCCUUGGCCGGUAGUCCAGUGACCGAUGAGGAUCUCUCUGUUCAUAUUAUGUCCCAACUUGGUGAGGAUUACUCUGCUCUAUACCAAUCACUGCGGGGAUGCAACGCCGACAUCUCCAUUGAUGAACUUACUACUAUCUUAAAGGAUUGUGAGCCUGAGAUUCUCAAUCGUUCUGCUGCCUCGGCUAACCUUGUUCCCACGGCCAAUCAUCCCCUGCGUAUGCAUACUGGUGCUCGUGAAGGAGCUUUUAGUCGUGGUGGUCGCUCUGGUGUUUCCCGAGGAGGCAUGCAUGGCCGCGGUACCACAAACUCAAAUCAUGGUUGCUGCUACUGUUAUUUCUGUGAUUUGGCCAGCCAUGACACUAAAUUCUGCAGGAAGCUUCAGCGGUUUUUACGGGACAACAAUGUCACUGUUACUCCUCAUCUUCUAUAUGGUCCUGCUGCUCAUGUUACGGUUUCCAAUGGGACUGCUGGACCACCGGAUACUCAAUGGAUUGUGGACAGUGGCGCGUCUCAUCAUGUGGCCAACGAUCCCUCCUCGCUGAGCUCUCUAAUGGAGUAUGGUGGACGGGAUGAAAUUCAUUUGGGUAACGGGGAUGACGAGCACGAAAGGUAUUUGAUUGCAAAGGACCACUGUGACAGCCUGAAGAGAAAAAGGGGUGAUGCCUCUACUUGUGAUCUACCAGCAACGGCACCACCUAUGGGACUCCAAAGAACGAAUGGGAAACCACUAGACCUUAAUCACUUACCAGCAGCAGAUGGAGAUCACUCCAGCAUUGUUGAUGGAAAACAACACCCUGAAGACACCUCUUCUUGUGCUGCCGUGGGCGGCGGCGGCGGCUAUGGGAAAAAGAAAGGCGGCGAUGAGAGUGGUAAUAAGGUGUAUGAGUGCAGGUUUUGCUCCCUCAAAUUCUGCAAGUCUCAAGCUCUCGGGGGACACAUGAACCGUCACCGCCAAGAGAGGGAGACAGAAACCCUAAACCGUGCUCGUCAACUUGUUUUCAGUACCGACACCAACUUGUUAGCCCAAGGACCCCAUCACCUUCCAAUUAUGGGGUAUCAAGCACUAAACAUGGGAGACCCAAACUUCCACUACAGAUCAAUCUACCCCCCAAGAUUAUUCCCGGGACAACCGGCGGGCGCCACCAUCAUACCACCGCCGCCGACCGGACAGCCACACACGUACGCCCCGCCACCGCACUAUCCGGCGAACGACUACUUGGUUGGCCGCAUCCUCCCCACCACCCAAUCCCCCGCCGCCAUGGCAAACCUUGAGAACAGUUACACCUGCAUCGGUGCACCGGUCGGGCAGGGGCUGCUGCCCGGCGGUCGAGGAGGCCCGGAAGUGGGCCCCGCUAGCGGCCGCAACGACAUGCCGCCCUACAAUGCUGAUCCUCUCAUCAAUCGCUAUCAGGACGGAUUCUAAUUAAUUAAUGUAGCUUUAUUUAACUUCAAUUCCAUUUCCUAGGUCCUAGAUAGCUUUUAAUUAAGUGACAAUAUUUUUUUUAGGAAAGCAAGAAAAAAAGUACGUGUUUGACACUGGGAAAGAAAAACAGCUAGGAUCCCAUCCCUGAAACCUAAAAAGUUGAUAAAGCUGAUUAGGGAUU